CCUGCCUCCGCCCCCUCUGCCCUCCCUGCAAAGCCGAUGCCCGUCGCCGUCGGUGCCGCUCACCAGCCAGUCUCCGGCCAUCCGGCGGCAGCAUCGCAACAAGUGUGCAAAUCAAUUUAAGAAUUUUUGAAGAAUGAAGAGGGCCGGAGACAUUGUUUCUCUUUCUAAGAGAGAAGCUAUGAAGAUAGGGAAGAAGAAGAAGGCAAUGAAUAUGUAAGAUGUGGCCGAAGAGCAAGCCGGAGAACUUGUGUGUAUUUUUGGUUGUGAUUGAAGAGCAAACUCAAGAACCAACAGUGUCUAUGUCGAAUGUGACCAUAUAGUUGCUACUUUCAUGGCAAUGCAAAAGCGUAGGCGAGAAACAUAGUCUUUUCGAGCUUCUCAAGCUUAUGAGGCCGUGAAUCUCAUGGACGAGGGCCUCGCCGCUUCCGAACCCGGCCCAUCCGUCGCCAAGCGGGCUCGGUUUAUGGGGCCGCACGCAUCCAGUAGCUCAGGCGCUGACCCUGAGAUGGAGAUCCGAGCACUAGUCUCGAUGGCCAGCGGACUCUACCCGUUGGCACGGGCGGAGGCGCUCAGCGGCCUCGCUGCGGUCCUCGAGAAGGUGAAUGCCGGCGGCGGGGUUGUGGAGUGUUGCUACGCUUGCGCGGAGAAAUUGCUGAGGGACGAGGACGAGGGUAUCAGGUUGGCCGCUGUGCGAUUGGUUGGCCUUUGUGCGGAAAAGUUUGCCAUGAGAAAGGAGUUGGGUGGUGAUGGUGACCAAAUGGACCGGGUUUUCCUACAGCUUAGCUCCAUGGCUAGGGACAUGUGUACAGAAGUAAGAAUUGAAGCAUUCAACGCACUUGCCAAAAUGCAGAGAGUAUCUGAAGGUGUUUUGCUUCAGUCACUGUCUAAGAAGAUCAUAAAAACUGACACUGGGAGUGCCUCUAGCAUCAAAGGGAAAAAAUUACCACCUAAAUUAUCAUCCCCCUGUGCUGCUGGCAUAUUUGCACAUGGGGUUGAAGAUGAAUUUUAUCAGGUCCGAACAGUUGCAUGUAAAACGCUGGGAGCUCUUGCAAAGCUUUCAAACCAAUAUGCACAGAAGGCCUUGGACUUGUUGAUGGACAUGAUGAAUGAUGAUACAGAAGCAGUUAGACUGCAAACUUUGCAGACGCUGUUUGAUAUUGCAACAUAUGGAUGUUUGAGCAUGCAGGAGAAGCACAUGCACAUGUUCCUUGGCAUAUUGAUGGAUCCCAAUGUCGUAGUUCAAAAUGCAGCACGCAAGAUCCUAGGGUCAGUGAAUCUGCCUAAACUUCAAAUGUUUAAAUCUGCACUUGAUGGUCUCAUUGCAGGUCUGGAGAAAAAUCCAGAGGAUCAAGAUAUAUAUGGUGUUCUGUUUUCCAUUGGCAAGAAUCAUGGGAGCUUUUCAGCCAAUAUAGCCAAACAUUUAGCCAAAGAGUUCUUUCAAGUUCGGUAUAUACUAGAAAGGAGGUACUAUCUCAAUUCGAUCAAUAUGGCAUCUGAUGGAGAGCUGAUCUUGGAUAAACCUAGAAUCAAAGCAUUGUUAAUGGUUUCUGUCUUGGCUGCUUAUGAUGAUAAAGACAAAAAACUGGAUAUACCCGCAGUUAUAUUAUCACAUGCAAUUCCCCUAUUUGGGAUGAUCUCGUGUGCACUAGCCGAAGAUGAACAGGAUUCACUCUUAUCCUACUUGUAUCAUCAAGCUGGAAUGCAGUUUUGGGAAAAGAAGUUAGUGUCUGUAGAAGGUGGAGAUUAUGAAUGUUUCAGCGUUGAAACUGUGGGAGGAACUCAUGCACAGGUAGAAACGGCUGGAAAAACAACCAAGUACUUAGAUGAAGUUGUGAUAAUGCAAUCGACAAGGCUCAUAUUAGAAACAGUUAAAGGAGCCUGGGCUGUGAUAAAGCCGUGCAGUAUAGGAAAAGUUCAAAGUACUCUGAGAACAUGCAAAGAAGAAGUCAAUAUCUUAGCUGUAAAUUCUUCUGGAUCAACUAGUGCGGUCUUGAGCUUUGUAUGCGACUAUCUUGAUGCAGUACAGCUCAUUGUUGAAAUAUGGUGGUUCAUUCAGUUGGAUGAUUCUCAUGCUUUUGGCCCCACAUCACUUGAUAUUUUGCUUGAGAAGUUGGAUACAUCUGUGAGAAGGAUGAAAUGUUGUUAUGCUGGAUUGCAUAGAGAACUGGAGGUUCAAGUCUUGGAGUUUGCUUUGUUAGCUAUUUUAUGUAGACUGUCUGAGUUUGGAACAUGUUCAAAAUUAGUGCUAGAUAAGUUGCAUUGGAUAAUUAAUCACAUUGAUGGUCUGUGUGCCGAUGGAUCCUAUGAGCUUUCCGACUUCAGUAAAGAAGUUAAGAAAGUGUUUGAUGGUAACUUUAUCGACGGCACUCCUAUUGUCAACAUUUGCACCUUUCUUGAUAUCUUUGAUCUAAAACCAGCAAGAGAUUUUGAAAUGCUUAAUGCUACAACUGCUGUGCUGCAAGUCCGGGAUACAGAUUCUGAAAAUCCGUUAUCAUACGUUUAUGGAUUACCCGUGGGCGUGACCUUUGACAUGUCUCUGUGCAAUACCUCUAGUCAUGAUAGAAUAUGGCUCCGCAUGGUUGCUGGUCAGUCCGUCCAACAUGUCUUCUUAGACUUGUCUUGUUUUGAGGGCAAUGAUAAGAUGAAGAGCUGCUCCAGAGUCAUUCCUUUCUAUGCUACCCCAAUGGCAUGUUCAUUUGUUAUGAGGGCAUGCUUGGUAAUUGAAUGCCCAUUUGGAAGUAUCGGCACUCACCAGGAAGGACAUGGAGGGCCAAGAGAUUGUGUAGUCCAACUAUGUGAUGAAUUGGAUGUCUACUUUGUUAGUGCUGAUACCGAGCAAAGGCAAUGGUCGAAAUGAUAGUGGUCAUGUGCAGCAAGUUCUUCAGCAUGCCUCCUUUGAUCGAGUGCACCAUUGUGUUCUAACAUCAACUGUGAUCAAGUAAUAUGCGCAAGCAGUUAAGAUGCCAGUAGUGACUAAUGAGGAGUUUCAUAUGAUUAGUUGUUUCACUGUAGCAUCAGAUCAAACUCUGAUUAGUUGUUUUCUCUAAGAAUCGAGAAUUUUUCUAUGGCAUGUGACCAGAAGGAAUGUUGUCUCAUAGCCGAUAUAGUACUAGCAAGAACUCUGGAUAAAGAAUUCGGCUGCGCUGAUAUUUUGGUAGCAGUAAGCAGGAACAAAGCAGUUACCCGACCACUAAGAUGUGUUGCUGUUGCUAGGGUAUGUUUACUUCGCGCCGUAUGUAUAUGCAAGGGUUUGGCAUAUGACUGAAGAAUUGAAAAUUCUGUGAAUUUUAUGAGGCUGCUGAAUUAGAGGCUGCAGAGGCCAAUGUUAACCUUGUGCACGUAUGAUUUGUGUGUCUAAUGUGAGUUCUGCACUUCUGCGCCUGGGAGAGGUUCCCCGUUAGUGUAAAUUUGGACUUACCAUACGAUGUGCCGCAUGACAGCGGCUUGUUUGCUGUGUGUUUAUUUGUCGAAAGUACUGCUGGUGUCUUGUUUCUUGACAUUAGUGAUGUCAACGCUUUUAUAUUGCUCUUAUAUUUCUUUACGGAGGGAGUACAUAUA